GUCCCGCGCCCGCGCAACGCCUUCAUCCUCUUCCGCUGCGACUUCGUCGCACAGAAGAAAGUACCGGCGAGCGUGACGCACGAUCAUCGGAAUAUAUCGAGGAUCGCGGGGGGUGUGUGGCAGGAGAUGACUGCGGUGCAGAGGGCGCCCUGGGUGGGGAUGGCGAAGAAGGAGAAGGAGGGGCAUAGGGAGAAGUGGCCGAAUUAUAGGUAU